CCGGGCCAGCCAAUGCACCAGUCCGGCCCAUCAUUCUCCUCUAUCCAGUCGCCGUUGCCAUUUUCAGUAGCCCCCAUAGAAUGAGGCCAAUCAGACUACCUCACCGACCAGCCGGAGGAUUUUCCGGCAAUCAGUCCGAGACUUUCGAAGGUGCAAUAUCUGGGGUGAUAAGACGAGCAGUUGUCAUCGGAAAUGGAUUCGCCGGAGCAGAGAAUCAGUGCCUUGGUUUGGUUCGCGCUCUCGGCCUCUUCUCUCGCCAUUCUCUAUACAGGAUUACUAGGCCAAGAGGAGGUUUUAGUAGGUGGUUAAAUUGGCUUCCAGUUUCCACUCAUAAAAAAGUGGACUCUUUACUGAGGAGCAGUGGUGAUUAUUUGAGAUAUCGAGUGAACUUUAAUGGCAAAAAGGAGGUGCCUUUGUCAAGUCAAAGAUGUGCUGAUGCCAAGCUGAUUGCUAAAAUGGCUCGCGAUUCAUUUGACAGAGAUGGUCCAAUAUUGGUGGUUGCUUCUGGUCGAGAUACCAUUUCAAUUGCAAGCUCCAUUAGAGUAUUAGCUCCAGAAAUUGUUUUUGUUGUUCAGAUACAACAUCCAAGAUCACAUCUAAAUAGGUUUGAUUUGGUAAUAACUCCUCGUCAUGAUUAUUAUCCAUUGACUCCACAUGCUCAGGAGCAAAUCCCCUGGUUUCUUCGAAGGUGGAUAACUCCACGAGAACCUCCUGAUAGGCAUGUGGUUCUCACUGAGGGAGCUCUUCAUCAGGCUGAUUCAGCUGCAUUAAGAAGUGCAGCUUCUGCUUGGGGUAAUGAGUUGGCAGUGCUUCCGAAGCCCUUGCUUGUUGUCAACAUUGGAGGGCCUACAAGUAACUGUGAGUACGGUGUAGACCUUGCAAAGCAGUUGACGGUUAUGCUGCAGAAAGUUCUUUGGAGUUGUGGAAGUGUUAGAAUAUCUUUUUCUAGAAGAACCCCUGAAAGGGUGUCCAAGAUUCUAGUGAAAGAACUUAGUAAUGACCCUAAGAUUUACAUUUGGGAUGGCAAAGGUCCAAAUCCACAUAUGGGGCAUCUAGCUUGGGCUGAUGCUUUUAUCAUUACAGCUGAUUCUGUGAGCAUGUUGAGUGAGGCUUGUAGCACUGGGAAGCCUGUCUAUGUUAUAGGGGCUCAACGGUGCACAUGGAAAUUUGCUGACUUCCAAAAGAGAUUGCAGGAAAAGGGGGUGGUUAGACCAUUAACGGGCAAAGAGGAUAUAUCUGAGACCUGGAGCUAUCCUCCGCUAAAUGAUACUGCAGAGGCUGCCAGUCAGGUAAUUGAGGCACUUGCUGAACGUGGAUGGAUAAUAGAAGCAUGAGCUUUCUCUUUCCAAUAUUAGAAAUGAAUCAAGUUUAUCAAGUAUGCAGAUCACUUCCACUCCAGAGCGAUUUUUGGUCAAUUCUGACAAUUGCAGGAGGCAGUUGAUUUUUAAGCGACAAGUUCAUCUGCUGUCACCUUGUAAAAUUUCUAUGCGGCCAUUUUGACAUACCAUUUGUUGUUUGAUUCAACUCGUAGUCUUGGUUUAUCAAGAGCUUUACAAUAUAACAGCAGAGAAAACAACCAUGAGUUAGUUGUCCCACA